AUGACUGGAAGUUCCGAAUUGACUCACGCCAACGGUUUGGCUAGUGGCCCAGUGCAAGCUCAAGAAACACUCGAAUCAUUUCCUAGAGAACUGAAGGUGGUUUCUCUCUGUCUGUCAUUAAUAGCUCAGCGAUCAUCUUUUAAUAAGUUGGUUAACGAUGUGUAUCUGUUUAUGAAGGACCGUUACUUCAUCGGGGAAGUUUUGGAAGCCUGCCUAGAAGGGAAAUCAUGGUACAACUGCACCAUACUACAAGUACGUGGGCCAACUGAGCAAGAAAUCAAAGAUUAUCAGGAUUCAGGAGUUGGAUCUGCAGAAGACGAUCAGAUAUUUCCACCAGCAUGUUUGUAUCAUUAUCAGGUUGAAAAGUUCUGCAGUUACAAUGAUAUCAAUAGAGUGUUUGAGGCAAGUGCAUCGCAUGUGAGACGAAAGAAAAGACUAAUUACCAAAGGUAAGUUGACUUUAUUCCUGAAGCAAUGUUUGUCGCUGAAUUCCUUCGGAAUAUGGAGUAUUCAAGAUUCGAUUCAAGAAAGUUUGGGUAUUAACGGUGUGAAAUUCAGUGACAUAUUUGUGGGUCAGCCUCCUAAAUUCCCGAAAAAGUAUGAAAAGAUUGCAAAGAAAGCCAAGAAAGAUAGUCCAGAUCAGAAUGGAGGAAAUGGCAUUGUUGUGAAGAAGGAAAGUGUAAAGAAAAUCAAAGCGGCGAAACCCCCUCGGGUAGCGAAUAGUUUCAAUUCUAAUGAAAGUUCUGAUGCUGAUGAUUUUAAAAAUAGUUCUUGGCAAGUGACGGACAUAAAUUCUUCAGGAAGUUCGCAAAAAAACGUCACGGGAAAAUCUUCUAAAACUGAAUCAAAACAUUCAACAAAAAUUGUGAAAGCCAAGAAAAAGGGAAAUUCAGAUGGCAACCAAAAAUUGGAUCAAUCUGUGAAAAGGAAGUAUUCUACAUGGAGGGGCUUAACUUGGGAAGAACGGCAGAAAAUUAAAGAAAAGAAGAAGAAAAGAGCGUUAAUGGAAAAGUUGAAGAAACGCGAAGAAAAAAUGAAAGAAAAAGCUAAAAGAGAUGAAGAAAAGCUUCAAUUGGCAACCCUUUUGAAAGGACGGACCAAAACGCGCGAAGAUUUGGAAUGUGAUGAUUUAAGACCCUUACCAGUGCCAAAAGAAGUGAAAUGUGCUUAUAUACCAAAUGAAUUAUUUGGUGAUUUUAUGGUGAUUCUAGAAUUCUUUCAAUCUUUUCAGACUCUCGCGGAAAUGAAGAAAUCCUUCCCUCGUGGUGUUACGUUCAAUUAUUUAGAAAAUGCCCUUAGGGAUUGUAAUAUCGACGGCCCUUUAUGUAAUAUUGUUAUAUAUUUACUAUCCACACUUUUUAACAUGAAAGAUGAAAACGAAAUUUUGGAUUCAGAUGCACCAAUUGAUUUCGAAAACGACGAGCUAGUAGGUGAUGCAGACGUCUCUGAAACAGCUCGUUUAGCUGCCGCAGAAUAUGGUAAUCGCCUUUAUCAAGGGGCCUUCGUAAGUGAAACCUUGAAUCAUUUGACAGUGACUGAAGUUCUCAGAUUGCAUUUAUCGUGUGGGAGUCGAAGGGCCGAACUUGCAUCACAAAACUGUGACUUUCAAGCAGAUCCUGGUGAUCCUACGACUGUGCUUCGGACGAAACAUCCACAUAUCCUCCGUGCUUUGAGUUCGUGUCAUGUGUGCGAAAUGCCCCUUCAAGACAAAAUAAUUAUAUUAACUUGCCUUAUUGACCAAAUUCUAACGUGUGUGCCCGUACGAGAGGAAUUGGACGAACGUGGCGAACAGCUGAAGCAGGUGAAACUCGAAAUUCGCGCAUACAAAGCAGCCGAAGUUAAACGCAACAAAGAAGCUCAUGCUCAAAGAAUUAAAGAAAAACGUGAAGCAAAAAUGAAGUUGAAAGAAGGAGAUACAUCCCAAUCAGCAGUCGCUCCUGAACCUGACGUACCUGCAAAGUCAGAUGAGAAGAUAACAUUCGAAAAGGAAUUGCGCUCGAAUGAAAAGAAAACCGACUUGGAAGAAAAAAUCAAUAGAUUACGAUCGCUGUCAAUGAAUUUUAAUUUAUUUCCUAUCGGAAGAGACCGAGCGCAUCGUAGGUUCUGGGUAUUUUCUUCUCUGCCAGGCUUGUAUGUCGAAAAUAAUCCUUUCGAAAUUGGUCCUUGUCUGCUUCAAGCUACUCCUCGAGGAAUUUUGUCACCGAGUCGUGUACAGAGUUCUAAAGAAGCAAAAAGCCCCGGUCGUAAGAAUGCAAGUAAAAGUCCUGUCAAGAGGGAAGGUAAUGAUGGUUCUCUUCGAACAAAUAAUGUCAAAUUAGAAUCCAGCGAGGUAGAGUCAGUACGUCUGGAAAUGUGGCAGUGUACUUCAUCAGAUAGUUGUCCAGUACAUGGACUAUCAGCACCUCGUGUUCGUUGGUCAUAUUUUGAGCGUAAAGAUGAUGUAAGACUGUUAAUCGACCGUCUGAAUAAAUGUGCCUUUCGUGAGAGUGAACUAAGGAAAAUAUUGAUACGAGAUGAACAAUGGUUGAAAGACAAAGUAGAGCAGUGUCCCAUGGAUAUUGUUAAUUCAUUGGAAACUGAAAAUGAACCAAAACCCGUAUCAUCAUCUCGUUAUCGCUACCUCAAUUGCCCCCCAGGGACAUCCGCGAGUUGUUUGAUGGAGUUAGUUCUUAGAGAACGUAUUUUAGAUCUAGAGAAUAAAAUUUCUUCUCGAUGUAUGGGUUCCCUAGAAGUGAAUGAUACAGCAGCAUGGCGUGAAGCAAUUGAGAAAGGGGAGUAUGAUAAACAGUGUGAUAAAUUAAUGUGGGGAUUUUCUAAUGAUCAAAUUGAGAAUGAUGAACUGAAAGUGUUUAAUAAUGAAGAAUUUAAUCACACAAGAAUUGUAAGUGAUACAGUAAAUUCUGUUUGUGAUAGUUCUGUUGCUCAAAAUUGUGUUCAGGAUAUAGAUACUCAGGGUUCAGCAUUAAGAAGAAACUCACCAGUGAAAUCUUGGGAUGUUUCUGGACGAGUACUGGAAGAGAAAAAUGGGGAGAAUAGGCGUACAUCGUGUCAUGAUCUUAACAACAAAUCUCAGGGUGAAGUUGUGAAGAAGAGUAUAGAGAUAAUUUCUAAAGUUAAAGAUGAGUUUUCAAGAAGCCGUACUAUUAAAAAUCUGGCAAGUGCAAUUUUACAAUUAGCUCAAGCAGUAGAUGUGUCGUAUUUGAGAAACCCGUUAGUUGACGAUGAUGAUGAGGAUCAAAAAAUAAUGAACUUAAAAGGUUGGGAGGUUUCGUUAAUGAAUUCAACAAGUUUCUCACAAUUGUUUCUCCACAUAUCUUUAUUAGAUUUCAGUAUACAUUGGUCAAAAUCAGUAUUAAAUACUCGUUGUGCACUUUGUAAAAGACGAGGUGAUGGUGAAAAUAUGUUGUUGUGUGAUGGUUGCAAUAGAGGACAUCACUUGUAUUGCUUAAAGCCAAAACUUACAAAAGUGCCAGAGGGUGACUGGUUUUGCAUGAAAUGUAAACCAGAGCAAAAGCAAGAAUCAUCAGAAAAAAAGAGGAAGUCCUCUUCUGAAAAUGUUACCAAAGAAUAUGAAAAGCGACCAUCUAAAUCUAGAAAAAUAAUGCAUAAUGAUGUUUGUAAUGCAUGUGGAUUGAAGUAUAAUUUAAUUCUCUGCAGUAGUUGUCCAUUGGCAUUUCAUAUAGAGUGUGUUAGUCCCCCGCUGAAGAAAGCUCCAGAAGGUAUGUGGACAUGUUCUGAAUGUAAUGUGAAUGAGGAUACUACAGAAGAGAAAGAAAAUGAAACAUCCCGUCGCAGCUCUCGCAGGAAAAGCGGGGCUACUGAUUUUUCUCUAAAUAAUUCUGUGCUUCAGGAUUUGUUGUCUGAUAUAAUGUGUCAGAGAGAUGCUUGGCCAUUUUUACAACCUGUUAGAAAAGCUGAAGCUCCUCGCUACCAUAUCAUUAUUAAGAAACCAAUGGACUUGGGAACAAUGAAGUACAAAUUAAAUAGGGCACAGUACAAAAAUAGUAGUGAAUUUGUUGCCGAUGCUUUACUUGUCUUUGAAAAUUGUCGUAUGUACAAUGACGAAGACACGGAAGUGUAUAAAUGUGGCUCCCGACUCUCCCAGUAUUUUAAAAAACGGUGCAAAGAGUUGGGUUUGGAUUUGAGAGAUUGA